CUGGUUCUGUUAAGAUGGCGGCUCCCACGAAGAAGAAAAUUGUCAACCAGCAGGAGCUGCGGCGCUUAAUGAAGGAGAAGCAGCGAGCGGCCGCAGGCAACAAGAGAAUCGAAUCCCCGCUCGCUAAAUACAACAGCUUAGGUCACCUCAGCUGUGUGCUUUGCAGUACUCCAAUUAAAAAUGAACUACUAUGGCAGACACACAUAUUAGGGAAACAACAUAAAGAGAACCUUGAGAAACAAAAAACUACAAAACAAACAACAGGACCAUCACUUGUUCACACAUCAACAGCUCCUGUAGGAAAAAGAAAAGUUACAGAUGCAGGAUCACAAGCAACAAAGAAAAUCAAAGCAUUCUGUGAAUCCAGAACACCCACAGCUUCUGGGUUGCUGGCUGAUUGUAUUGAUCCAGGAAACAAAGUGCCUCAACAGCCAAUAUCUUCACAGCAUUCUGGACUCAGCUUAGGAGUUGACGAUUAUGAAGAAGAUGAUGAUGACAUGGAGGAAGAGGAUAAGAAAGGUGCCUUGGCUGAAGCAUCUGUGGGAGUAGCUCCUUUACAGAAAAAUGCUGCUCUCCCAGCACCAGUACAGACAGAGGCUGGGCAUGGUCUACCUGCUGACUUCUUUGAUAGCACUGUAGCACCUUCUGCUGUUCCUCAUUCUGCAUCCAUCCAAAAACCAGAACAAUCAGACAAGACAGUGGAAAGGAAAGAAAAUACAGCAGAGGCCUUGCCAGAAGGAUUCUUUGACGAUCCAGUAAAAGAUGCAAAAGUGCGGAAAGUAGACCCACCAAAAGACCAAAUGGACAAAGAAUGGGAAGAGUUUCAGAAAGAAAUGAGACAGGUUAAUACGGUUUCAGAAGCUAUUGUAGCAGAAGAUGAUGAAGAAGUUCGUUUGGAUAGACAGAUAGAAGAAAUAGAUGAACAAAUCAUGUGCUACCGACGUAUCGAGCAUUUGCGAGAUCGACAAGAAACGGUAAAACAACUACUGACAGCAUUGAAAGGCAGACAGUCCCAAGGCGAUGAUGACGUUGACACAGAUGAAGAAGAAGAAUUUCAGGAAUUCCUUUCAGGUGAUUGGCGUGCAAAGGGAGCCUUGCUUUAGUAACCAGUAUUGUUCUAACUCUGACUCAAAGAAAACUUUCAGCAAAGCAUAUUGAAUGCUCAUCUAAAACUGGCUUCUAAUAUAACUAUCACGUGAAUGGAGAAAUCUAUGAGAAAUUAUUCAUUUUUUUUAAACUGGUGAAUAAAGCUUCUUCAGAAAGUCUGUACUGUGAUUAUUGCAUUAAAAUUAACUCAUUAAAAUGAA